CUGGCAAACAAUGUCAAGCAAGUCCCAACAGAAAAUGGCCUAGUGAUUGCCUCCCAUCUUUCAGUCUCUCCUCUCCGGCGGCGAUUCCAGAAACAAGCCGGCCUCUUUUAAUCAAUUUCAAUUCUGUUUGUUAACAUCAAAUUCUAUCUAUCUAUCUAUCUAUCUAUAUAAGUACCAUUGCUGGCAGAGUUCAUCAAUCCCAUGCGCUGGCUUCUGAUUGAUUGAUUGUGAAAACAUGGAUGAAAAGAAGCUCAGUAAUUCGCCUAUCAUGGUGUUCUUCCUAGCUAGUCUGAUAUUGGUGCUUGGGGUUCCUCGGGGUCUUGCAGACUCUAAAGUCUCAUCUGCAAUCCUCAAGCGUGACCAGGAUGCUGUGUCCACUUACAUUGUCCAUGUCGAGAAGCCCAUGGGCAGGGUAUUUUCUGAGGAAGAGGAUCUUGAUUCGUGGUACCAGUCGUACUUGCCCGUUUCCUUAUCGAGCUCAGGCCAGCAGCCCACGAUUGUCCAUUCCUACCGGAAUGUGAUCACAGGCUUUGCUGCCCGGUUGACUGCUGAGCAAGCUGAGGCACUGAAAUCCAUGAAGGGGGUCGUGUACACAAAGCGUGAGAGGAUACUUUCUUUGCACACAACUCACAGUCCCGCUUUCUUGGGGCUCUACCAACAACUGAGCUUAUGGAAGGAAGCAAACCUUGGAAAGGGCGUGAUCAUUGGGGUCCUCGAUUCGGGUGUUGAUCCCAACCAUCCUUCAUUUUCAGAUGAAGGGAUGCCACCUCCUCCAGUGACGUGGAAGGGCAAGUGUGAGUUCAGGGCGACCGAGUGCAACAACAAGCUCAUAGGCGCAAGGAAUUUCGUCAACUCGGGCGGUAAGGCCAGCGCAGUCCCGCCUCCGCGCGAUGAGGAAGGACAUGGGACCCACACGUCAAGCACAGCAGCAGGUAACUUCGUGCCUGGUGCAAAUGCUCUAGGAAUGGCCAGCGGGAUGGCAUCUGGGAUGGCACCACUGGCCCACUUGGCAAUAUAUAAGGUAUGUUCUGAGGAAGGAUGUGGGGAGAGUGACAUAUUAGCCGCUAUGGAUGCAGCCAUAGCAGAUGGUGUCGAUGUCCUGUCCUUGUCCCUGGGUGGUGGAUCAGUUCCUUUCUUUGAUGACUCAAUUGCCAUCGGUGCUUUCGCAGCAAUGGAGAAGGGUAUCUUUGUUAGCUGUUCAGCAGGAAACGACGGUCCCCUUAACUCCACUCUAUCGAACGAAGCUCCAUGGAUUCUGACCGUCGGAGCGAGCAGUAUCGACAGGACCAUAAAGGCCACAGCCCGGCUUGGAAAUGCAGGUACAUAUGACGGAGAGUCCUUAUUUCAACCAAAGGACUUUCCCUCAAGACUUGUGCCCCUGGUUUAUGCCGGUGCAAAUGGGAACUCCUCCUCGGCACUCUGUGCAGAGGGGUCUUUGAGAAACUCUAAUGUCCGGGGCAAAGUAGUCCUCUGCGAGAGGGGUGGUGGGAUAGCGAGGAUUGCAAAGGGGCAAGAAGUGAAGGAUGCUGGCGGCGCUGCCAUGAUCCUCAUGAACGAUGAGCUCAACGCCUACAGCACGUUAGUAGACGCACAUGUCCUUCCGGCAACCCACGUGAGCUAUGCAGCAGGGUUGAAGAUCAAAGGCUACAUCAACUCCACAUCGACCCCGACGGCGACCAUUGCAUUCAAGGGGACAAUCAUUGGGGAUCCUUCUGCCCCAGCAGUGACUUCCUUCUCUUCACGGGGACCCAGCAUUGAAAGCCCAGGGAUCUUGAAACCAGACAUCAUUGGCCCCGGCGUUAGCAUCCUAGCAGCAUGGCCAUUCCCUAUAGAGAACGACACAAAAACAACCGUAACCUUCAACAUCAUAUCCGGAACCUCAAUGUCUUGCCCUCACCUAAGCGGCGUUGCGGCUCUGCUUAAGAGUGCACACCCCGAUUGGUCACCAGCAGCAAUAAAAUCUGCAAUAAUGACCACUGCCAAUGUCUUCAACCUUGCAAAGAAGCCCAUCAUCAAUGAAAACCUUCUCCCUGCAGAUAUUUUCACCAUCGGCGCUGGCCACGUGAACCCGGCUAAAGCAUCAGACCCUGGGCUGAUUUACGACGUCAGUCCCGUGGAAUACAUUGCUUACUUAUGUGGAUUGGGCUACUCAGAUAAGGAGAUAGCUUUCGUAACACAAAAAAAUGUCUCCUGCUCUUCAGUCAGAAGCAUACCCGAGGCACAACUAAAUUAUCCUUCCUUUAGUAUAAUUCUCGGUUCUAGCCCACAGAAUUACACAAGAACGGUGACGAAUGUUGGUAGCACCGGGUCUUACACGUAUAAGGUUGAUGCGCCAGAUGGCGUUGAUGUUACUGUGAGUCCUAGCAUGCUCAAAUUCUCGGGGACAGGCCAGUCGGCCACAUACACUGUGGCAUUCAGCAGAAGUUCGAGCGGUAGCACCGGGAAGCCGUUCUCGCAGGGAUCUGUGACAUGGGUGUCUGAUCGGUACGUAGUCAGGAGCCCAAUUGCUGUCAUAUUUAAAUGAGAGGAAACACUUUGGCCUUGCUGCUGAGUGCAUACUGUGCUUGAGAGACUUCCAAGCUCGGUGACAGGGGAAGAGGACGAUGCAUAUAGAAGCUCUGCAGUGUCCCCGAUGGCAACAUUAUCUUCACGUUUCAGUCACUUGAAUAAUUGAAUUUAGAGUCAGGAUUCCUGUUUCUUUUAGAUCCUAACGAUCCAAAUCUUCAGAUGGGAGUGUGACAAUUCUUGUUCCGGAGAAAUUGAAGAGUACACGAGUUGCAUUUGCUUUAAUCUCUUCUACUCUGUAAGGUGUGGAAAAACUUCCAUGCUCAGCCCAAAUACAUUACAGAAUUGGCUUG